AUGGAAACUCCAACAGGAAAGAAGCGUCGCCGUGAAGACACGGGUGAACUCAACCAUGCAUUCAACCCUGACUCGUCCUCUCCUCUAGGUCCAAGACAAGCCCUCACUACCUCAUCUUCGAGUGUCAUGGAUGGUCCCUUCACCACUCCUGAUGACCUGAUCGACCCCUCGCUUUUCAAUUCGAGCCCCUACCAAUAUGUCAGCGAGAUGACAGACACGAAUGCCUUCGGAGGUGGCACGGGUGGUCUUCAAGAGUUUGACUCUUCUGUCUUGGAAGAUCCGUUCGGUGCCUUUGACAGUGCUGGUCCGUCAGAUUUCGUCAGCUUGAUGAAGUCUGCUUCUGGCAACAAUGCAACUAAGAUGGGCAUUCACAACAGUACUUUCGAUAACAGCUUGCUUCCUCAAGUCAGUCAAGCCACGACCCAACCAGAACCCCUGGCUUCUAGCCUCCAAAAAACUGGUCCUACCUCAUCUACCUCACGACCACCUGUCGUUACAAGUGAGGGCCUUAUUCUGGACGAUUGGCCUGAAGACCACAUGAACCAUGAGGACUUCAUCAAGGACUGCUUCAGUGUGCCAUUCACCGAUCCAGACGAACCUGCCAACAAGGUCACCCAGUCUGGGCCCCCUUCUUCAAAGAAAAACUCUGCACAACCCAGGGGAAAGACAAGCAAGGAAGGAGAGAAGAGCUUCAACGGUAGCAAUCCUGAACAACGAUCCACCUCUACUGUCAAGACUCCAAAGAACAAGCCUGUGGGUAACAUUGGCCGAGCUCCUGCAUCUGCGCCUACGCGAACCAAGAACCCUACUAGCACCAAUUGGUAUGGGCUCGGCUUCCCUCCUACCUCAGGUUCAGCCCAGCGUCGUCCAUUUACCAAUGUCUCCCCAAAGUCUACACCAAUGCGUGGGCCAUCAGGUUCAGCAAGAAAUACCUUGUCCAACCCGACACAGAGAAAACCGUCCAUGAACACAAUACCGCUGGACUAUACCUUGAACAAUAACGGGGUGAGUCCACCUCCAGCCAAACGAGCAAGGUCCAAUACGACAAACGGAAAUGACCUCCUCACCAACUUCAACGCUCAUCAGGACAACCAACAUGACGCGACAGAUGAUUUGCUUUCCGGCUUCCGGGCUUACCUCGAAGAGAAAGCUGCUAACCCACCAAACAUAGACCAACUGGUUGCCAACAUCCAGACUCAACAAGAACGCCGACCUCCGCGCGUAGUCGGAGUGGGUGUUGUGUACCCGUUGUCAACCUACUUUUCGGACCCUGCCAACUACGCAAACUUCAAGUGGCUUGGUCGCAAGUAUGGCGACCCUGACCCACCUCCAUCACUGAUCCGUCAACAGACUGGCUAUGACUUCCCUAUCCCCAGUGUCAGCGGCAUCCUGUACCCGAUGGCGCAGGCACAUGAGAUGAUGGAGAAGCGGAGAGCGAGAGCCACGGCAAUGGGAAUGGGAAUGGACUAUCAGUUCAAUGGUCAGAUGGGCGUGAAUAACUUCGAUCAGUCUUUCGGUCCGGGCCCAGUCAACAACCACAAUCAGUUUCACGACCAGGGGUUCAACCCAAAUGCAGGAUACUUACACCCGCAGAUGCAGGCUCAGACUCACGGGCAUGUCCCCCCACAAAUGCGGUAUCCAGGACGAACUCCACCACUACAGCCUUCGCCAAUGACUCCGGGUACUCCACACACUGGUAUGGGAUUUCCAAAUUCAUUCAGCGGACGGCAGGUGACUCCAACACCCUCCCAACGUCGCCCUUCUCUCAUGAGACAGUGUGCAACCAUAUCUCCUAUUCAAGCACCGGUUGAGGAUCUCGGCCAAUAUCAAGGACCGCGCCCGUCUCUGCCAAACAUGACCGCUGCCCCUAGCACCAAUACCAUGAAUGGCAUAGGUCAAUAUCUUCCAAACGAGCAGACCAACCCGAUCCCCCCGCCCCAGACUCCGGCCAAUGGCCCAUACCAGGUUCAUGCAGGAUCUCCCCCAGGUUCAACUUCCAGUCAAUAUUCUACCGGCAACACUCCUCCAGCUCGGCCUGGUAAGGACCUCCCAAAUCUCAGCACAACACCUACCGGUCUAAUUCCAAACGUCAAUCCUUUCGACAAUCUCGAAACAAACACCAACCCGAGCAUGGGCAUGAACAACCUCGAGUCUCCCUCGAAAGAGACCUCAAAUCAACUCGAAGCCAAUACUGAAGCCGCCUUGCUUGCAGUGGGCGCAGAUGUCAUAGACUUUGCUCCUGCAGCCACCAACAACAACCCCGUGCCUUCCAACGCCGACGCUGCCACGACAAGUGCCCCCGCCACCACAACUGCCACCACUACCCCACCCCGUUCCAUCAGCGGCUAUGACGGCGCGAAUUCCGGCACUGAUCGACAUACGAAGGUGACCACGAACAUGAACGUUACCGAUACAGAUGAAGGCCAUGGCCUCUUCAACUUCAACCCCUUCCCCUUCGACGGCGAGGGCGAAGACGGAAUCGACCUCGACGGCUGGAGUUCAGAUGGUCUUUUGUUCGACGAAGGACGCCCUUUCAAUGCCGGAGAUUGGGGAUUUGAUGUCUGA